UGAGCGGAGCAACAUGGCGACAGCCAGCCUGUCUUCCCUGCAUGUGGUGCAAGCAGACCUGGAGAGCGCCCUGCAAGAGGCUGGAGACCAGGGGGCAAAAGAGCAGCUGGUACUCGGGUACCUGGGGAAGUUGGCUGAUCGAGCAGGAGAUCUGCGAGCCCCCGAGUUUGCGGCAGGACUAGAAUGGCUGAACACGGAGUGCCCGCUCUCGUUGCACGAAGAUCUGCAGGGAAAAGUGGUGGUGCUGGAUUUUUUUACAUACUGCUGUAUCAACUGUAUGCACGUCCUCCCGGACCUGCACGCCUUGCACCAUCAGUAUUCUGACAAAGAUGGCCUUGUCAUUAUUGGAGUGCACUCUGCCAAAUUUCCAAACGAAAAAGUUCUAGAUAACAUCAAAAGUGCGGUCCUUCGUUACGGCAUCACUCACCCUGUGGUGAACGAUGCCGAGGCUACUCUCUGGCAUGACCUGGAGGUGUCCUGUUGGCCCACCCUGGUUAUCAUAAGUCCUCAAGGAAACCUUUUAUUUUCUCUGGUCGGAGAAGGCCACAGGGAGAAACUCUUUCUGUUCGCCUCCACAGCGUUAAAGUUUUAUAAACAGCGAGAUGAAAUAAGUGACGGUGAAAUUCCCAUUAAGUUAUACAAGGAUUCCCUGCCUCCCUCACCUUUGCUUUUUCCUGGAAAAGUGGCAGUUGAUGUUUCAAAUGAUAAUUUGAUUGUAGCCGACACUGGACACAAUCGGAUUCUGGUUGUAACGAAAGACGGACAAGUCGUGCACACCAUUGGAGGGCCUGAAAGUGGCUGGAAGGACGGAAGUUUUAUGGAAUCAGCCUUUAAUUGUCCCCAGGGAGUUGCCGUCAAAGACAAUGUCAUCUAUGUGGCAGAUACUGAAAACCAUUUAAUCAGAAAGAUUGAUCUGGAGACUCAGAAAGUGAGCAGCGUGGCCGGUACUGGAAUUCAGGGGACCGACAAAACUGGGGGAGCUCAAGGAUUACAGCAGCCAAUUAGUUCCCCCUGGGAUGUUGCAUUUGGGGUUCCAGGUGGCAGUGAGCACCCGGUUUUGUGGAUCGCUAUGGCUGGCAUACACCAAGUCUGGGCUCUGAUGCUUGAGGAAGGAGCGCUCCCAAAAGGGAGUCGUCUCCCCAAAGGAUUGUGCCUUCGCUUCGCUGGGACCGGCAACGAGGAGAACAGAAACAAUUCCUAUCCACACAAGGCCGGGUUUGCUCAGCCUUCUGGGCUGUCCGUGUGUCCAGGAGAGCCGUGGCACUGUCUGUUUGUGGCCGAUAGCGAAGCCAGCGCCGUUCGGAGCGUCUCCCUCAAAGACGGGGCGGUGAAACACGUAGCGGGGGGAGAGCGCGAUCCAAUGAAUUUAUUUGCCUUCGGCGAUGUAGACGGAAUUGGUAUCAAUGCCAAGAUGCAGCAUCCGUUGGGGGUGGCGUGGGACCAACAGAGGAACCUGGUGUACGUGGCAGAUUCAUAUAACCACAAGAUCAAAGUCGUGGAUCCAAAAACCAAGUCGUGCAGCACCCUGGCUGGCACCGGAGAGGCCGGUAACGUCUCCGGCGUGGACUUCACGCAGGCGGCUUUCAAUGAACCGGGAGGUCUGUGCGUCGCCCCCGACGGGCGCCUGCUGUACGUCGCAGACACGAAUAAUCAUCGCAUCAAAGUGUUGGAUCUGGAAGCCAGAACGGUUUCUGUGCUUCCGAUCCUGCUGAGCGACGUGGUGGACUGUUCAUUGCCUUCAAAAUUCCAACUGCCCAGCUUGCCCAAAUCAGCUCCUAAAAUCCAACUUGCUCCCAUCACGCUCUCGCCCAGCGCCCGCUUGCGGUAUAUAUUAACCCUCCAGCUUCCUGCGGGGUCCAAAUUAACAGAAGGGGCUCCGAGCUUCUGGUUCCUUUCUGCCAAAGGGCAUGAGUGGCUUCUUGAAGGGCAGACGGCGCACGGUGAGAUCCUGAGUCUGUCGAAGCCCGUGGAGAUAGACCUGACGAUCCCUCGCGAGUCUCCCGCUCCCGAAGCCGAGCUGCACAUCGGGGCUUUUCUCUAUUACUGCAGCGAGGACAGCAGCGUCUGCUUGAUGAAGGCCGUGUCGUUCACUCAGCCCCUGCUGGUGUCUCGCGGAGACACGGCGGUCUCACGCUCGGUGGAUCUCGCGCAUACGUUUUAGAUCAGGGCUACAAGGUGCUAAACACCACGGUUUGCCUGCUUACACCCCUCCGCUUUAUAUACAGCCCACGGUUUCCACUUCUGCGCUUUCCGCUCACCGCACAAAA